AUGUCCUUGUCAAAACUAUCCUGGAAUCAUUUCGGUCCUCACCAUCCGUUCCCGGAAAAACAGAAGUUCCACGGCUGUUACCAGGACGCUCUUGCCCCGCCAGCUUUUCUUCGCCCACUAGGUCUGUCAAUAUCGGCAGCCUUUGCCCCCGGGCCAUCCACCAUGAGCAACUCAAGCAACAUGAACACGCUCUCCCCCGACGAGAUGCAGCGUUUUCAGAAGCUGUCCAAUGAAUUCGAGCCAGAUGUACCGGGACUGCUGGUCUCGCCGAAACAAUCAAGUCACAACAUCGCUUUGGAGUAUGCUAAUGCAGACCCCGCGUUCGCCACAAAAACAUCCGCACUUGCCGUCACACACCCUAUGAGUCGCACUAUGAAGGGCGAUGGAAACUGUGGCUGGCGAGCUGUGGCCUUUGGCUACUUUGAAACUCUCUUUUCCCUUCGAGAUAUGCUGCGUGUAGAGCAGGAGCUCGCUCGCAUCAAGUCCCUCACUUACACUUUGGAUCGCGUUGGCUAUGCAGAACAUCUGUAUGAGAUGUUUAUUGAUGCCACGGAAGAGGUCUUUGCGCAGACUUCCGAGGCUAUCCAGAAUGGCGACCAGGACGAGUCAUUCCUGGUCAAUGCAUUCAAUAACGAAUACAAGUCAAAUUCCAUCCUUAUGCACUUCAGACUUUUGACCAGCGCCUGGAUGAAGCUCAACGCAGUACGGUAUCAAGCAUUCUUGCCUGUCCCUUUGGAACAAUAUUGUGCCUCGGAGAUCGACACGGUGAGAACUGAAAUCGACGAAGUCGGCUUGCAAGCCUUGGUCGAUGGUGUCAUUCAGGGUGCUGGAUUUGGGGUUGAGAUCCUCUAUCUCGACCGAAGUGAGGGAGAUGCCGUGACACCACACCAACUUUCGCCAACUUGCCCCAGUGAUGCAACGAUCCGUCUGCUAUACCGACCGGGCCACUAUGAUAUCAUCUACCGCGCCGAACAGACUGUGAAUAUGGCACCCGUUGUCAACUAUCAAUACGCAAUGACUUCUAACUAUUCUCCCUGGGACCAAGGUGCUCUCUCCUUCGACGUCAACUCCCAUUUGAUGUCUAUACCCAACUUGAUGGCCGACCCGGCAUUUGGUAUGGGCGGUGCCCCCAUGUCGCCAAUACCAUCGGUCUCGCCAACUCCAGCAAGCCCAUACCGACUUUCACCUACCCAGGAUAUGUACCAGUCACCCAUGCAAAGCCAUGCACCUGUUCCAUCUAUACCAGUGUCUUCGCCUACGCCUGCCAUGCCUUCUGCGGCGCCUCCUCCCAUGACCUCUCUGCCAAGUCGGUCAUCGGAUGGGCCUCAGAUUCGCUUGAAUCCCUUGGUAAUGAAACCAAAUUUGAACCACCUGCCAGUGACGGCACCUUUUAAGAAUUCGCCGUAUAACCAGGCACAUUUCCGGAACCAAGAUUUCGAGCCGAUUCAUUGGGAACCGAACGACAAUCGCAGAUGA